ACAUUGCAGAGGUCGAGCCAGGGACUGAAGAAAUGGGGAGCUGCUACAGGGGAAAUGGUUUGGCUAGUUGGCAAAGAAGAUCCAAGAAGGGCGAUUCACUCACUGAAAGUUGGUCUGGCACUAACACUCGUCUCUUUCUUGUAUCUUUUGGAGCCUCUGUUCAAGGGGGUUGGCGACAAUGCCAUCUGGGCGGCCAUUACUGUGGUCGUGGUGCUGGAAUUUACUGCAGGUGCCACAUUAUCCAAGGGACUGAACAGAGGAUUGGGAACAUUGUUAGCUGGAUCGCUGGCCUUCUUUGUGGAAUUGAUGGCUGGGAAAGCAGGAAAAGUUGGUCAUGCAAUCUUCAUUGGAAUCUCUGUCUUCCUUGUAGGAGCUGCUUCUACUUAUCUCAGAUUCUUCCCAUGGAUAAAGAAGAACUAUGACUAUGGUGUAGUCAUCUUCCUCUUGACAUUCAAUCUCAUCACCAUAUCCAGCUAUCGUAUCCACGACGUUCUGUUUAUAGCACAAAAGCGUGUCUGUGCUAUGGCAAUAGGCUGCGGCCUUUGCCUCUUGAUGAGUCUGCUAGUUUUCCCAAUAUGGGCUGGCCAAGAUCUCCAUGAUACCACUGUCUCCAAAUUUCAAGCUCUUGCAAAAUCAAUCCAAGCAUGUGUGCAUGAAUAUUUUCAAGACCCUGAUAACAAAGUGGUAGGCGCCGAGUCGUCAGAAGAUCCCAUCUACAAUGGAUACCGAGAAGUUCUGGACUCUAAAUCUACUGACGAGUCACUGGCUCGGUUCGCAAGUUGGGAGCCAAGGCACUGCUACAGGUGUCCAUGGCAGCAGUAUGUGCAGCUUGGAGCUGCCCUCCGUUACCUCGCGUACACUGCCGUCGCUUUGCAUGGCUGCCUUGAGUCUGAAAUCCAGACGCCGUUGUUCCUCCGGGCACUCUUCAAGCCCCAAUGCACCAAAGUUAGCGAGGAAAUCUCCGAAGUCCUCGCUGACCUCGCCGACGGGAUAAAAAACCGCUGUCAUCGGCCGUAUAAUGACCUCUCGGACCGCCUACACUCCGCGCUACAGAGCCUCAACUCCACCCUGAAGUCCCAGCCCAGGCUCUUCCUGAAUGCCGAAGAUGGAGGUGUUCCCCUGCGUUUGAGCCACCAGCGCUCGUCUCACUGCCAAGGUGCCGCCGCCGCCAAUGUAUCGCUUCCAUUCCUGAAGAUAGACGAAUGGAGGGUCAAGAGGGUGAGGUCGUGGUCAAAGGACUCCGACCAGCGGAGGAUGCUGCGGCCGACGCUGAGCAAGAUCUUCAUGACGAGCCUCGAGUUCUCAGAGGCGCUGCCCUUCGCCGCGUUUGCGUCACUGCUCGUGGAGGCGGUGGCGCGGCUCGAGCACGUGAUGGAGGAGGUGGAGGAGCUUGGCAGGUCCGCCCAUUUCCAGGAAUUCGUCGCCAAUGAGGAAACCAAGUCCAAGGUCGUCAUCAAUGGGGAUGGUGGUCGCAGCCGAGGCAAGCUCAGUAGCCACGGAGUUGGCGACUCCGCCGAGUAACGAGGCGGUUUCAGUUAGAUGAUCUAGGAAAUGAACUCUAGUUUUCUGUUUAUAAAUUGUUUGUGUUGAGUUUUAGAGGGCGUUUGG